CUCCGACCCAUUUCCCUCACGCACUCGAAACACGUUACUGAGUUUUGGUUUGGGAGCAAGGGCUGGCUGGCCUUUCUCAAAUUAGGGCAAAUAGCCAUAACGAAACUGAAUCAUUAAUAAUCUCUUGCUAUGGUUCUGCUUCAGAUUAGCCCUAAUAAGUUGUAGGUUUUACAUUUUCGCCUCUGCCUGGGCUCGUAUUUGUAGUCAAUUUUGUGUUCGAUUGGUCUCUGUUUAUACACAUGGUUGUAUGUCUGUCUAUACAUAGUGUUUCGCAUCUGUAUAAUUGACCUUUCAGAUCCCACGUAUUUGAAGUAUCCAUCUUUUGAAGAGGAUUUGCAAAAUUUGGAGUUUUUGGAUGCAGUUUGGAAAUAUUGGGAUUUGGGUCGGUGGAAGAUUCUGAUGAAAUAUGGAAUUUGAAAGAAGUGCCACUGGUUUUAAAUUGGGAUGCUGGUUUACAUGAAUGACACAAAUGGCUGGCCAAGGUUUUUCUGCUGUAUCCGAUGCUCAUGCAAUUGUUGCAUUGACUAGCGACAUUGCUGAAAAUGCACUUACACCAGUCUCUAGCACGAAUGCAGUUGAUUCUUUGGCUAACCACACUCUAGCAAUUGGACAAGAGUUUCCAGAUGUUGAUACUUGUAGGAGGACGCUCAAGGAUAUAGCUAUAGCUUUGCAUUUUGAGCUUCGGAUAGUGAAAUCUGAUAGGAGUAGAUUUAUAGCUAAAUGUUCUAAAGAAGGCUGCCCAUGGCGAGUCCAUGUUGCGAAAUGCCCGGGAGUUCCCACAUUUACUAUUAGAACGCUACAUGGAGACCACACUUGUGAAGGUGUCCAGAGUCUUCAUCAUCAACAGGCAUCUGUUGGUUGGGUUGCACGAUCUGUGGAAGCACGUGUGAGGGAUAAUCCACGUUAUAAGCCCAAGGAAAUUUUGCAAGAUAUUCAAGAUAAACAUGGGGUUGUUGUAUCUUAUAUGCAGGCUUGGCGGGGGAAGGAGCGUAGCAUGGCUGCUUUACACGGAACUUACGAGGAAGGUUUUAAGCUUCUCCCUGCAUACUGUGAACAGAUUAAGAAGACAAAUCCAGGAAGCAUUUCAAAUGUGGUGGCCACAGGGCAGGAAAAUUCAUUUCAAAGAUUAUUUGUUUCAUAUGGUGCUGCAAUUUAUGGAUUCAUAAAAGCUUGCCGGCCGCUUCUAGAACUGGAUAGGGUUCAUCUCAAAGGGAAGUACCUAGGAACAAUGUUUUGUGCUGCUGCUGUUGAUGCUGAUGAUGCCCUGUUUCCAUUGGCAAUAGCUGUUGUUGAUGUUGAGAGCGAUGAGAACUGGAUGUGGUUCAUUUCAGAACUCCGGAAGCUUCUUGGAGUAAACACUGACAAUGUGCCCCAGCUAACGGUACUUUCUGAGAGAACAGAGGGUAUGGUGCAAGCAGUUGAAACUCAUUUUCCCACUGCGUUUCAUGGAUUUUGCUUGCGUUAUGUCAGUGAAAAUUUCCGUGAUACAUUUAGGAACUCAAAGUUGGUGAAUAUUUUCUGGAAUGCUGUUUAUGCCCUCACGACAGCUGAAUUUGAAAGUAAAAUCUCCGAGAUGGUGCAGAUAGACCGGGAUGUCUUACCUUGGUUUCACCAUUUCAAUCCGCAGCUAUGGGCUGUGGCAUACUUUGAAGGGGUACGGUAUGGUCAUUUCACAUUGACCGUUGCAGAACUGCUGUAUAAUUGGGCACUGGAGUGUCAUGAGCUUCCUAUUGUACAGAUGAUGGAGCAUAUACGCCACCAGUUAACAAUUUGGUUCAAUGAUCGCAGAAGUAUAGGCACUCAAUUAACCUCAAUUCUCGUUCCAUCUGCUGAGAAGCAGAUUGGGGAAGCUAUUGCUGAUGCUCGCUGCUACAAGGUACUACGCGCAAAUGAAGUUGAGUUUGAAAUUGUGUCAACAGAACGGACAAACAUUGUAGACAUAAGGACUCGAAUCUGCUCAUGUCGCCGCUGGCAAAUCUAUGGUCUGCCGUGUGCACAUGCUGCUGCUGCACUUAUAUCUUGUGGGCAAAAUGCUCAUUUGUUCGCAGACCCUUGCUUCACUGUUCACAGCUACCGCGAAACCUACUCACAGAUGAUAUACCCCAUACCUGACAAAAGCCUCUGGAAGGAAACAGGCGAAGGAACAGAGGAUGGAAGUACUAGAAUUGAUAUCACUAUCCGCCCCCCUAAAACUCGCAGGCCUCCCGGGAGGCCCAAAAAGAAGCUUCUCCGUAUAGAGAGUUUAAAACGGCCUAAAAGAAUUGUUCAAUGUGGUCGAUGCCAUAUGCUUGGGCAUUCUCAAAAGAAAUGCUCACUGCCAAUGUGACCAAUAUUAAGUUCUUGUAUGCUGCUUCUGUUGCCAUGAAGUUUUUCUCGUCGCUUGUGUAUUUUUGUUAGCUUCUUGAACAUUUUGGGUUAGAAUUCUUGACUGUAGAGGCAUAGUCCAAACUGCCCUCAUGUUGUUGUCUUUGUAUUUAUAGAAUUUGUACAAGUUAGUCGAAUUUUUAAACCUUUGCC